UUUGAUUCCUUUCAGCUUUUGUUACCAGUUUGUAUAUAUAUAUAUUUGGUCGCAGGUCUGAGGUUUCCUUGUUAAAGAAACAAAAGAUCUUCUUCUCCCUAUUUUGUUUGGUAAUAGAAGAAAGACUUAGAGCUCUAAGGAAAAUGGGCAUCUGCAGAGAUGUUAAAACUGGACCUCAGCAACAAAGAAAGCUAGGUGGAAAUAGAGCUGCGCUUUUUGUAUAUGCUAUGGAAGGGCUGGAGAACAUGGCAUUUGUAUCCAAUGCUUUGAGCCUCGUGACUUAUUUCUAUGGAUAUAUGAACUUCAGCUUAACGAAAUCUGCCACUUCGCUUACAAACUUCAUGGGUUUUUCAUUUUUACUCGCUCUAUUUGGAGGCUUCAUCUCAGACACCUACUUGUCAAGAUUCAAGACUGCUGUCUUAUUUGGAUGCAUUGAAUUAUUGGGAUAUGGCCUCCUAACAGUUCAAGCACACUUCCACCAGCUAAGGCCGGUGCCUUGCAAAGGUGUUGCACCAGACCAGACGAAUCAAUGCGAUGCUGCAACUAGUAGCCAAGAGGCAAUUCUUUACAUUGGUGUCUACCUUAUUGCACUUGGUACAAGUGGGGUCAAAUCUUCUUUGCCAUCCAUGGGAGCUGACCAAUUCGAUGAAAAUGACCCAAAGGAAGCAGCUCAGUUGUCUAGCUUUUUCAACUGGUUCUUGUUUAGCCUUACAAUUGGAGGUAUAUUUGGAGUCACUUUUCUUGUAUGGAUAAGUACCAACCAAGGUUGGGAUCUGUCAUUUGGUGUGUGUACAAUAGCAGUUUUAUUUGCUAUAAUCUUCUUGUGCAUGGGGAAGUCCUUGUAUCGAAAUAAUAAACCCAAAGGAAGCCCCUUCCUUCGGAUUGCACAGGUACUUGUGGUUGCUGUAAGAAAUCGAAACCUUCCAAUCCCAGAGAUGACAGAUGAACUACAUGAAAUUCAUGACAAAGAAACAGGGAAGCAAGAUGAAAUCCUAAAAAGGACUAAUCAAUUCAGGUUUUUGGACAGGGCAGCAAUUGUAAGGACAGACCAUGGUGCAUCACUAUGCACAGUUACACAAGUUGAAGAAACAAAAAUUCUUCUUCGCAUGCUUCCAAUCAUACUUAGUACAGUUUUCAUGAAUACAUGUCUAGCUCAGCUCCAGACUUUCACAGUACAACAGAGCACAACAAUGGACACAAAUUUGCUUGGCUUUCACAUACCAGGCCCCUCAAUUCCAGUAAUUCCUCUGUUGUUUAUGUUUGCUCUAAUACCCAUAUAUGAUCGUAUUUUUGUUCCACUAGCCCGAAGGCUCACAGGAAUUCCCACUGGAGUCCGGCACCUUCAGCGCAUUGGAGUAGGGCUAGUGCUGUCAGCUAUCUCCAUGGCAGUUUCGGGAGUAGUCGAAACACACCGCAAAUCUGUAGCUAUUAAACACAACAUGGUUGACUCUGCUGAGCCUUUGCCGAUGAGUGUGUUUUGGCUUGGGUUCCAAUAUGCCAUUUUUGGAGCAGCUGAUAUGUUCACUUUGAUUGGACUGCUAGAAUUCUUAUACUCAGAGAGCUCAGCUGGUAUGAAAUCAUUGAGCACAGCCAUAUCAUGGUGUUCCUUAGCUAUUGGAUACUUCAUAAGCUCAGCGGUGGUGGAGAUAGUGAACAAAGUUAGCGGUGGAUGGUUGGCUAAUAACAAUUUGAAUAGAGAUAAAUUGAACUACUUCUAUUGGUUAUUGGCAGCAUUGAGCAUAUUGAAUUUUGGGUUGUACUUGGUAUGUGCAUCUUGGUACAAAUAUAAGAAGGUAGAACAGCAGCAAGUAGAAAGUUCUGGUGAAGGUGAUGGCAAGGGAAAGCUUGAGCUAGUAAGAGUUUAGAAAUGCCAGAGCAUUUCUUCUUCUUAAGGUUGUUACCUUGCUGUUGUAUGGACGACACUUGGAACUCUAAAUUUAUAUAAAAGAAUAUGAAGCACAAUCAUGAGAAAAUAUAAACCUAACAA